AUGGCUCAUGCACUAAAUGACCCGCAGCUGGGCGCUGGCCCCUCCGAGGACUCGGAACUCUCUCAGAACGAGUCUGAAACGGCCAGCUUGGUGUCUGAGGACUCCAUCAUGCCAGACUAUGAGAUGAGGCGGGGUGGAGGAGGCACCACCUCUACACUGUACGAGGCCUGUAACAGGAACGAGGCGCAAACCCUACAGAGGGUCCUGGAGAGGGGGGUUACUAAGGAAGAAGUCAUGGAGCUGGACAUCAACGGCAGGAACGGCCUGAUGUUGGCUGUCUCCAGAGGCUACGUGGACAUCGUCUACGGUCUACAUACGUGUCCACUGAUAGACAUCAACCACCAGGACAACGAAGGCAGCACGGCAGUGAUGAUCGCUGCCCAGGCCGGCUACAUAUCCAUCCUCAACUUCAUCCUGAACUACUACCCUAAGGUAGACCUGGAGGUGAGGGACAUCAGAGGCUUCACUGCCCUCAUCAAGGCAGCCAUACAAGGCAGGGAGGACUGUGUGUCUUCCCUGAUAAUGGCCGGUGCUGAUAUCAACGUAGUGGACGAUGUCAAAGGGAAAAGCAUAACAGACUGGGCCCUAAAGACAAGUCGCUUCGAGGUCCUGCAGCGUCUCCGUCGCCUCCAGGCGUGUCCCGUCGCCGAACAGUUCUGCGAUAGCUACGUGAUGGAGUGGCCCGAGCUGAAGGAGCUGGUGGCUAAAGCCAUGGCCCCCAAGAACCUGACCCAGCGUCUGAAGGACAGCUUGACCUUCAGCUUCCCCAACGACCCUCAGGACAAUGGGGUGUUGGACCACAUGGUGAGGAUGACAACGUCCAUCCACAGUCCACUAGUCUCCAUGGGCUGCCGGCCACUCUGCCCCACCAGCCCCCCCGAGGUCGGGAAGCGGCGGCUGGCUGUGCCGGAGCUGAUGGAAAAGCACAGCAGCAAGGAACUGGAGGAGAGCUCCGUGUGUCAUAGUAACGGUGUGAAGUGUUCCUUCACGCCGGCGCCGGCGUCGUCCUCCCUCUUGCUUGCCAACUGCUGCUCAGACACGAAGCGGAGGGGCAGUGUCGUCUCAACGGCUGCAAACGGCGUCCAGAACUUCCUCCCCCAUUCCUUGGCGAAUCGGAACAGUGUCUUCCCGUACGGCUGCAUCCCCACGAUCACCUUCACUAAGUCUGCGGAAAAAACACCCAAGAAGGCGAAGAAGACGAAGAGGCACAAGGGCCACCUGGAGCCUCCAGUCUGGAAGUACAAAUCGGAUAAGCAGGAGAAGAAAAAGGAAAAGGAGAAGUUGGAGGAAGAGAAGGAAGUGCAGGAGAAGGCACUUAAGAAAUCUAAAAUGAAGGCAGCCAAGGCGGCGGCCAAGGCUAAGGAGCCCGCCAAGGCAAGUUAAACUGCCAGCUGCCUGUUUGUAAACUGCCACAGAGUGAGGGCACAGAACCCUGAGAGAAUAGAACGGCCUCUGUGCUGCCAUCUCUUACUAAGUCCAAUCUGUGAUGAUGUCAUA